UGUAGCCUGUGCUAAGUAGAACUUAAAUUGGUUAAUAAAUUCUAAUCUGUAUCUCUCACCUACAUAACCCAUAAACAUGUUUUCUCGUCAGUUCAGUGACUGUUUGGCAUUACGUCUCACUACUAUACAACAAAACAAGUAAAGAUGCGCGGAAGUUGGGCCUCCAAGACGGAGUUUAUCUUGUCGUGUCUCGGUUACGCCAUUGGUAUCGGUAACGUUUGGCGCUUUCCGUAUCUGUGCUACCGGAACGGGGGCGGCGCUUUCCUGAUUCCUUAUCUGAUCAUGCUGGUCUUCUGUGGAAUUCCGUUGUUCUUCCUCGAAGUAUCGCUGGGACAGUUCUCCGGACGUGGUUGCGUGACGGUGUUUCAAAUUGCCCCUCUGCUCAAGGGCGCUGGAUUGGCGAUUGUGCUGUGUAAUUUUGUAUGUGUUUCGUAUUGUAAUGUGAUAAUGGCGUACUCGUUGCUGUUUUUGUGGAAUUCGCUGCGCAGUCGGUUGCCGUGGAUGAACUGCGGGAACAAGUGGAAUACGGAACGGUGUUUGGAGUUGGGCGGACAAGGAAGUCUGAUUAUGAAUGCAUCAGCUCGGUGGCGAACUUCUGCUGACGAGUUCUUCCAGUAUUAACAUUUUUGUAAACAAAAAUGAUAGAUCGAUUGAUAAGUUCCUAUUAUUUACGUUUAGCAACGCAAUACUGCACAUUUCGGAUGGCAUUGAUUCUCCAGGAGGUAUUGUGUGGCCUCUAUUCUUCAGCAACUUAA